AUGAGACGUUGCAGUUUUUAGAAGAGAAACUAUUUGCAUUGCUUCUAAUGGAUAGAAAUGGAGGACGCCAUUAAUGAAUGAGUGAAAAUACUCUUGUGUUUGUGAAAGGGGAAAGAAAAAAUCUUAGGAAGAAAAAUACAGAAGAGGAAGGCAUUGCCAACAAGGCAAGUGAGGUGCGAAAGAGUGUAAUGGCCACGUUUGAUCCCAGAGUAUCUGCUUCUGCUCCUUCACUGUUUCAAGAAAAUGUGUGUUUGCUCCAUACUUCAGUGAAACUUAUGCCUUUAAAGAACAUCAACAAGAACUGAAUUGGGGCUCUCCCUCCCAAUGCCCAAGAAAAAAGUUCAAUUCUUUCUUUCUUGAGCUCUCUUCUGAUGUCAAUUUAUGUACGAGAUGCAAAUUGGCUUUGACCUAGCUCAAUUGUAAUCACGAUGAAAUUAAAGCUAAAGAUAGGACGAAAACCAAUUAUGCCACUCCGUCUGAAGGGCAAAGCGGCGACCAGCUUUUGCUUCCUUCCUAAACAAAAGUCUGACAGUUAUGGCCCUGGUGAUACACCGGUUUAUCUCAAUGUCUACGACUUGACACCUUUGAAUGGUUAUGUCUAUUGGGCUGGCUUUGGUAUCUUUCAUUCCGGAGUGGAAGUGCAUGGUGUAGAAUAUGCAUAUGGAGCUCAUGACUAUUCAAGUAGUGGUGUGUUUGAAGUUGAACCGCAUCAAUGCCCGGGCUUCAAGUUUAGGAAAUCCAUAUUCAUUGGGACAACAAAAUUUAACCAUACCCAAGUGAGGGAGUUCAUCGAGCGUCAAUCCACCAGCUACAACGGUGACACGUACCACUUGAUUGUGAAAAACUGCAACCAUUUCUGCAACGACAUAUGCUACAAGCUUACCGGAAAGAAAAUCCCAAAAUGGGUUAAUCGACUAGCAAAGCUAGGUUCGAUGUUCAACUGUGUGUUGCCCGAGGCCCUAAAAAUUGCUGCAGUACAACACGAUCCUAAAGGCAAAGAAGAAGAAGAACACGAGGGCGAAAAGAAAAGGUUGAGAAGUUCCUUCGACUGUCUUUCUUCAAUUUCAACAAGACAAAGACAUCUGUCAGCAUCUUCAUUGUUCCUACAAUCUCCCUUAAGAGGAUGCAUACCUUCUUCCUGGGAAUUCAGAUGGUCAACUAAUCGCUCCCUAAAGGCAAGGUAGGUGAACAUGUUUUGCAUAUGCGUAACACUUUCCAUGCUCAUUUCAUGUAGUUGUUUUAACUUUUAAGAAUCUUAAACUCGUGUUUUAGGACAUCAACAGUCUUCAAAAGUGAACACUGAAAUUUUUUGAUGUAAUAAAUGCUUUCAUUCCUU